AUGGACUUUUAUUCAACCGCACGAACAAGACUGAUUCCUAUUGAUAGGGGUGAACGAAGGGAGUUGUUUGGAGGAAGGAUUGAAUGUGGUCCGAAUCCCGAGAAUAUUCUAAUAACAAUCUCCGUCGUUCUCUCCAUUUGGAUUAUAUACCUCGUGUAUGCCUUCAAAUACUAUGCUGACAUAUACAUAGAUAUUGCUUUUAGUUUCCUAAUACGCUUUGCCUCAAUAUCCCUAAUUUUAGCUACAUCACUUAUAGAACCGGGGAUUAUUGAUAAAGAUCAGGAUAUAGAAGAGUACAUGGAGACUUCAGCACCAGUAAAAAUUGUUCAUAUACACCUAAAGCCAGUAGUAACUGUUUGGUGCGCCUCCUGUCGUAUAUACAAACCACCUAGGUCAAAACAUUGCAGGCAUUGCGACCUUUGCAUAAAAAGAUUCGACCAUCACUGCCCUUGGGUAUCCAAUUGCAUUGGCUAUAAUAAUUACAAAGUUUUUAUUAUAUUAUGCAUGAUUACUUAUUUGGAUGGCAUUUUGCACCUUAAUUCCAUUCUUAAGAUAUUUACCAUACUCAAUAAAGAGAAAACAUUAUCAAAUAUUCUGUUUGACCAUGCAUUUAUUAUUAUACCAUUGUUCUCACACAUAUUCCAAAUAAUUACAUUUGGCGCAUAUUUGGGUUAUUCAAUGUACCUAAUUUCCAAAAAUAAGACCAUAAAUGAAGACUUCACAAGGAUGCUAGAUGAUUGCAAUCCAUAUGACAAUGGAUUUUUCCGUAACUGGAUGGAAUUUAUCCAAUUGCCCCUUAUACCACAAAAUCGACACGUUUAG